AUUUAUGUUAAAAGGAAAUUGAAGUCUGCAGAAGUGUAUUGUUAGAUAUCCACCCGAACUGCACUGAAUCUUCCAAGAUUGACCACAGCGUGUAUAAGAUAUUGCCGAAAUGAAGACGUACGGUAAUGAAGAUUUUAUCAUAGUGAUCAGUAGUGUAAAAACAAAACCUUGGAAGACAAGCAAGUAGAAAUGAGGAGCAGCAACUGGAACAGAAAUGACUGAAAGUACAACUUUUGGCAAGGAAGCUUCAUUUGUGUUCUGGAAGCCAAAACAGGAGCUCUGCUUUUGCGUUGAAGAUAAGGGAUUUAUCGUAGUGUAAUAGAAAUGAGGAGCAGCAACUGGAACAGAAAUGACCGAAAGUACAACUUGUGGCAACGGAGCUUCAUUUGUGUUCUGGAAGGGAUGGCUCAGACGAUACAACAAAGUUAAGCGUGCAAUCCUGCGCCGACCACUCCAUGCUCUUUACCCGCCGCGGUCAUCUAUAAAUAAGCACCGUUGGGUCAUCUCCAUCAUCCAACUCCAAGAACACAACAGCCUAGAGCAAGCUCAAGUGAAGUGAGCUGAUCAGAUCGACCAAUCACAAAUCCCCAAGAACAGCCUACUAGCUACCCACCAAUUCGCUCGAUCAGCAAUGGCAGACAGAGUGACGAAGCUGGCGUCGCAGCGGGCGGUGGUGAUCUUUGGGGCGAGCAACUGCUUCAUGUGCCACACGGUGAAGACGCUCUUCACAGAGCUGGGCGUGAGCUGGACGGUGCACGAGCUGGACAAGGACCCCCGCGGGAAGGACGUCGAGAGGGCGCUCGUCGGCAUGGUCGGACGGAGCCCGCCGGUGCCAGCCGUCUUCAUCGGCGGCAGGCUUGUCGGCACCACCGACCAGGUCAUGACGCUGCACGUCGGCGGCCAGCUCGUGCCGCUCCUCCGCCAGGCCGGCGCCCUGUGGCUUUGAAGAGUCAUGGACAGGGACAGCAGUGGCUGAUGCGUGCGUGCAGUGAUGUGUGAUCGCAGCCUUGAAAUUGAGCUAAGAUAGUGACCAUGUAGUGCGUGCUCUGCAGUGCAGCUACAUAAUUUUGGAAAGGUCAUCAAACAUAUUAACGGUUAUGACCUUUCAGUUGUACCUCUUGUUGUCAUGAAAAGAGUAGAAAGGAUGCUUUGUAAGAGAUGAGCAUCCUGAGCAAUAUUGAAAGAGCUUAUGCCUAUUAUCUUGUUGCCGUUGCUUAACUAAUUUGAUGCUUUGCUUAAUCUGGCUGGCUGUUGUGCUAAGGCCGCAAGAGAAUCCACGGUAUAUAUAAUGCUCCUCGGUGAAUGGAGAAUAUAAUGUCAUAUCUGCUGGAAUUAUUGGAAUUUUAUUAGACAGUUGUACCUCUCGGUGUGCAUCGAGACGUUAGACAGCAGGCCUUCAAAUCCCUGCCUCUCU